UGCCUUCUGGGAGAGACUUGUGUGUUUGCGAGAGAGAGAAGAGGGAGUGUUUCACUAACACUUGCAGUGUUCAAUAAAGUGGUAGCGGUGUAUUUCGCCUCCUGUAAACACGAGGUCGCACAGAGCUUCAGUCAGUUCCUUUCUGUCAGGCUGGGAAACCGCUUCUGCGGCAUCGGAGGCAUGCUUUCAGAAAUGUCACCUCUCCUGUGCGUGUGUUGUCUGCUCUUGGCAACCCGGAGCUCGGCUUUUAAUCUGGAGACAACCAACACGAUCACGAAGGAGGGAGAAAGAGGUAGUUUGUUUGGAUUUUCUGUGGCCUUACACAAGCAGACGAGCCCGGACGCACAGAGCUGGAUUCUGGUGGGGGCGCCUCAGGCCCGUGCCCAGUCACAGCAGUUCGCCAAUCGCACUGGAGGACUCUUUGCGUGCCCAAUAAUAACGGAAGACGAUGAGUGUGAUCAAGUCGAAAUUGAUAAUGAUGUUGAUCUGACGAGGGAGAGUAAAGAGAACCAAUGGUUGGGUGUGACGGUCAAAAGCCAAGGAAUUGGAGGGAAAGUUGUGACAUGUGCCCAUCGCUACGAGGUGAGGCAGCGUGUGAACCAGCCAGCGGAAACCCGUGACAUGAUUGGGCGCUGCUACGUGCUGAGCGAGGACUUGCAAAUCCGAGAUGAGCUGGACGGUGGCGACUGGAAGUUCUGUGAAGGCCGCACGCAAGGUCACCAGCGCUUCGGGUACUGCCAACAGGGCAUCGCGGCAGGUUUCACACCAGAUGAGCAGUACAUUUUAUUUGGUGCCCCAGGCACAUACAAUUGGAAAGGUAAUGUUCGGACAGAACUGUUGAGUCAUUCUUUGGUUCACUUGGGCAUCUAUGACGACGGUCCAUAUGAAGCGGGUGAUGAAAGAAAGCAGGACGCUAAUCUGAUUCCUGUACCUGCCAAUAGUUACUUAGGAUUUUCAGUAGACUCAGCGAAAGGCCUCACUCAACACGAUGAGCUGAGUGUGGUCUCUGGGGCACCCAGAGCCAACCACACUGGUGCUGUGGUGAUCCUGAGGAAAGAGGGCGUCAACAGACUGGCACCAGAGCACAUUCUGUGGGGCGAGGAGCUGGGGUCAUCAUACGGCUACGCAGUUGCCACGGUUGACCUCAACAGCGACGGGUGGAUGGAUCUUGUGGUUGGCGCUCCCUACUUCUUUGACCGAAAGGAAGAGAUUGGCGGUGCCGUCUAUAUCUACAUUAACCAGGCUGGCAAGUGGGGUAGCGUGAGGAGUCUCCGGCUGAAUGGGACCAAAGAUUCCUUGUUUGGGCUGGCUGUGGCUAACAUUGGGGACAUCAAUCAAGAUGGAUUUGAAGACAUUGCUGUUGGAGCUCCCUACGAUGGACAUGGGAAGGUCUAUAUCUAUCAUGGCAACAACUUUGGGCUAAAUGUGGUUCCAGCUCAGAUACUCGAAGGUGAAACUGUUGGGGUGACUAAGUUCGGCUACUCCAUUGCUGGAGGACUCGACGUUGAUGACAAUUUUUACCCAGAUAUGGUGGUCGGCUCCCUCUCGGACUCUGCGGUUUUGUUCAGAGCUUGUCCUGUCAUUAAUGUGACGAACCAGGUUUACAUCAACCCCCAGCAAAUUGAUCUGGAACUAAACAACUGCAGACACGAACUGGGGAUCUGUAUUGAUGUCAGGGCCUGCUUCCUUUACAGAUCGAAGCCUGAAUCCUACAACCCCAGGAUUGUUCUUGGCUUUUUACUUGAGGCCGAUGCAUUUGAGGUUGACGAGCAACGCAGAAGACCUCCCCGGGUUUCCUUCCUGAGAAGGAAACCAAGUGACCCCGAAAACCAGUAUCGCGGUGAGGUAGUCCUGCGGAGGCAGACGGAAUCCAGCUGUAUCAAUGUCUCCAUGAAACUCCAGGAGAACAUCAAGGACAAACUACGGCCCAUCCCAGUGACAUUGAGCUACGUGAUCCAGGAGGUCAAGCGCAAAAAGAAGCAGGUGGAGCGGCAGCUGGCUCCCCUUAUGCCAGUCUUAAAUGCUGACUAUGCGAACAUCCACAGAGAGGAGGUGAAUUUUCUAAGGGAGGGCUGUGGCCCUGACAAGAUUUGUCAAAGUAACUUACAGAUGGAAUAUAGCUUUUGUACCAGGCUCGAUGAGGAUGUAUUCCAGCCCUUGUCGAAAGACAACCAGGGGGAGCAGGUAUUUUACCUCAGCAACCAGAAAGACAUCGCCUUGGAGAUUACUGUCACCAACUUGCCAUCAGACGCCAGGAACCCAAUGAAAGAUGGCGACGAUGCUCACGAAGCUGUUCUGAUUGUAAGCUUCCCAGACACUCUGUCCUACUCCGCCUUCCGAUCGCCUAAGGACAGCAGUCUGGUCUGCGUCGCGAACACCAAUGGAUCCCAGGCUGAGUGUGAGCUUGGAAACCCAAUGAAACGCAAUGCUGAGGUCACCUUUUACCUGAUCUUAAGCACUUCUAGAAUCACCAUCGAAACUACAACUUUACCAAUAAUACUUCAGCUAACAACCAUCAGCGAACAGACCGGUUUGGAUCCAGUCACAGCCACUGCCCAUGUUAUGUUGGUACUGCCAGUCUCUCUUGUUCCAAACGUCGAGCCACAAAAUGUGUUUUUUGGAGGUAACAUAAUGGGAGAAAGUGCCAUGAGGAAAGAAGAGGAUGUGGGCAGUCGCGUUGAUUAUAUACUAACGGUGCUGAACACUGGUAAGGUCCUAAAAACUUUUAGCUCUGCUUUCCUGAACAUCCACUGGCCCUAUGAGAUCAGCAAUGGCAAGUGGCUGUUAUACCCAAUGAAGAUCGAAUUUGAAGGGGAUGAGAAUACACAGUGCUCUCCUGCCCUUGCUAUCAAUCCACUCAAACUGCCACAUGAUGAGGAUAAACGAGGGUUGUGGAGCCCCGCGCGGUUACAGAAUGGAGGCCAACAGCAAUCAGUAGCUCAUCAGACCGAAAGCAGAAAGUCUCUAACCCUGGACUGUGAACAGGGCACUGCCCGAUGUAUUGAUUUCCAGUGCCCUCUACAAAUUCUGAACACAACAACCAGUGUAAAAAUAGGUGCCCGACUGUGGAACAGCACCUUUCUGGAGGAGUACGCUACAUACAGUUCUAUCAAACUGACCAUCCGUGCCAACAUCAGCGUGAAGUCAAGUAUUAGAAACCUAAAGGUGAAGGAAGCUGCUGCUGAGUAUACCAUACAAAUAUACCCAGAGAAGACAAGUGUGGGAUAUGUUGGAGCACCCUGGUUGAUUAUACUCAUUGCUGUCCUGGCAGGAAUCCUAGUGCUGGCUCUACUCGUCCUCCUACUUUGGAAGUGUGGAUUUUUUAAGCGUUCCCGAUACAAUGACACUGUCCCGCAAUACCAUGCUGUGCGGAUAGGCAAGGAAGAGCGACAGCUCCACAUGGAUGAAAAAAAGACACAAUAUCAGAAGGAAUGGAUGACUCACUGGAUUGACAGUGAUGGCUACUCAUGAACCUUAUUUAUUUUUGUAUACUUUGACAACGCGCCUAAAAAAAACCCCACCACCAACAUAAACCAUGUAUGUUUCUGAUUAUAGCAACAACCAGCUGCACUGAAAAAUGAGCAAGGUGACAUUUUGAGACAGUGGGAGCUACAAAAUUUGUGUCUGAGCCCCAAAAUUGCUACCGGACAACUUUCUGUUGUGAUCCUUGUGUGCCCUUUGCUGGUGCUUGUGACUGAACCACUAACAGACUUGGUGUCAUUUGUAUGAGUUGGUUACACAAAUAAUGAACCCUCCACCCAACCCCUUCGACUAAAGCACACCUCCGUUAUCCUGCCCCGUCUUCCGUUUCUGUCGAGGGGAUCAGACACCGUUUUGGUUUCAAAGCUCAGUCUAAUACUUGUGAGGGAAAGCAGGAGUUUGCCAAUUUUGACCUGAUCCAUUAUGAAACUGACUAUAGAGUUUUCUAAUUCUUGGUCAGCAUAUAUUUAACUGACAGGGGCUUCCCUGACAGAUGUCCUGAGUUGAUGUUUCACUAUUGAUAACACGUAGAGCAAGCCCAGAUGUUGACUCACGAAACCAACUCACCCCAGCGUGUGUCUGACUGUUCUGAUGCUGACUGUCUGAGACACGUUGAUGCCAACGUGCUCGGGCAGCCAGCUGGAGCUGAAGCGCCAACUCACACAAUAGGGCAAGCAGAGGCAAAGGCAACACGCUGAAAAUCGAGUGGCCCUUUUUAAGAAAUAGCGAACAUAUGGAAACAUGAGAACCUGCGUUUGGCAUGACACUCGACAGCUCAGCACCCGGAAAUUUGCUCGGGUAUAGGAAAAUUGCGGGUGUCGCUAAAACAACAGUGCGAGCACCGCAAGACUCCACAAACAGCCAGGACACAGACUCACACAGAAAUGAACAAUUCGGCCCAAUUCCAAUCAGUCAAUGCCAGUGUUUGCAUUUCACUCCCUCCGCACCUCAUUCAUCUCAUUCAAUCAGCAUAGCUCUUUUCUCACCAGCCUGUUACAGAGGUGUUAUUCAGUAUCCACCAACACCCUUGACUUUCCCUUCCAACUCCAUUUGAAUAUAGUCCCCUGCUCCUCUAUCACUUUUUGCUGUUGUCACACUGCCCCGAGGAGCUGUGCUUGUAAAUUUCUUGUUUAAUUAGAAACAUGAGUAUUGGUUAAAAAAAAUCCAGAUGUUGUGUAGUAUUGUUUCUAGAUAGAGGGGUAAAAAAGAGGCAAAUUCUGGAGCUGGUGGGGCUUGAACCUAGGCCUUAGAGGUAAAGGCACUACCAUUGCACCACAUCAGUACUCCCAAUUCACAUAUACUUCUGAUCCAGUUAAUUAUGGGGUGAGCUGAUUCAACUAACUGCAUCCACCACUAUAGGAACCGUAACAGGUUUCCAACAGCGAGCGCCAACUCUCUCAGCAUGUGCUCCCACCAAUCAUUCACAGGUUUGAAUGAGUAGGCACCAUUACAUUUUUGCACAUUGCCUUCCCAAACAUGGGAUAGGCCAGUGGAUGGAUGGAGUAGGCUUCUUUUAUCCUCUUCCAAUGGACAAUUGGUUGGACAGAUCACUACAUCCCCAAUCCCAGCACAGUGAAAGCACGUCUUCCGUCAUUUUCUGAGGAGAGAAUGUUAAGUGCGGAAUUUGCUUGGUAGAGCACAGGUCGGAGAUAGGGCUUUGACAUGAAAGGGAAGCAUUCUCACAGGGGUAAGGGCUUUCAAAAUGACCCCCCUAUCAACUCAACCAAAGUGUGUGGGACUUUUUUUUUUCAAGAUUCUGCCUUGGCAGCCUUGUUAUUUGAAUCUGGUGCUUGUGUCACAUUAAUCUUCCUGCCAACAAGUGUAAAUCACCUGGACAACCUUGCAGCACACUUUAGGGAGCUGGAUGGGCUUUUGGGUGAAGAUGUACAAAAGGAGGUAGGAAAUAUCUUCAGCUCCUGCCCGCUGUUCACCCUGCUCCCAGUUAACUGAGGCCACUUUGAUGCAAACACGUCCCUCAAUCCAGUAGAGUUGAAUAGGAAAGUAAAGAUGUAAUGAUCUCUGCCUUUCCCUCAGUCCCUACCCUCUCCUCUCUGCAUGAUCUGUAAUUUCUCCUCUCUCCCACCUUUCUAACCUACCUUCAGCCACCCAGACCAGGAGCGGAUGCUUGGGAGGAGGUUUGGGCCAAAGUUUCAUAUUUGACAGCUACAGGAUAUACUGGUGCUAUAGCCCCAACGAUUGUAAAACUAGUGGAACAAUGUAGAGUAAUGGACUGCGUAAGUUAGUGAUGCUGUAUGGUCUUAACCUAAUGCUUUUGAGGAGUGUAAGGGAAAAUAAAGGAACCUUAUUAAUAAUUGCUUGGCAAAAUAGAACUUAAACAUUUUUAAAAGGAGACAUGGAGUUGAAUCUUUUUGUCUCACACUCAUCAGGACUGAAAUGCGAGAAAUCAACUUUAGAAAAUUUUUACGUUUUGUUGGAUUCUUUUACAUUUCUGUCCUGAUGAGACAAAAAGAUCGAACUUCAUGUCUCCUUUUGACAAUGUUGAAUCUUACUCAGCUUGUCAUCAAAUUUAUAUGAAUGAUUUGACACAUCGAGCAAAGAUCUAUUCUUAAAAGACCAUUAACCAGCCUUAGUAAAUCAAUCUAAAUGUUUGGAAAAACUAACAAUAGUAGUCUUUAUUUAAUUUUUUGUCAAUGUCUUGUAAUGUAAAAUUGCUGUUGCCAAUUCCUGACUCACUUCAUAAACAUGAUGCUACAGUCUGUGCCCCAGCUGCUCACCCAUUGUAAACCCUCAGCCUGCCCAUACAGGCUGGUACCCUCCUUCCACACACGAUUGUUUCAGUGUUUCCACCAUUGCUGACUCCUGCGUCAGUGUGUCCCCAUGUAACCUGGCCUCUUUCUUCUAUGUUGAAGUCCUUUGGGUAACAUUUGCUCUGCAACAUCAACUCAAAAUGGCCGCUCUCAGGACAUGAGUGACAGCUGUAAGCACCUCAAACAGAUCAGCAAACAGGAUGGCAACUGCCCACUUUCAGUAGCUCAAGGACCUUGGCAUCUCCUAGGUGACAGUUGGGCCUGUUAUAAAUUGUCAGAUGACUUACUGAGAGGAAGAUGUGGAGCCAAGGCCAGUGUUUGGCCCAUAGGCACAGAGCACUGAUACAACACAAGAGUGUGGAGAUCAGUGGUGCCUUCAGUGAAUCCUAAUCCAUUGUUUCUUUUUAAGAGGAAAGUCGUUUUGUCAGAAACUAAAACUGAAAAGACUGAAGGCUCCCACACAAAAUAGAUGAUUUAGUCAAGGUUUUCUGAUGAUUGUGAAUUGAGGUGUCAGGAUUCCAUUAUAUCUUCAUUAGCAGAAGACCACAGUGUUUGAAGUAUAUUGAAAAACAGGAAUGCGAGCAAAUAUAGCAAGAGUGACAAAGGAAGACCUACUUUGAGGUUUUAGUUGAGACCCUCGGUCAGCAUCCUUUCCCCAAGACCCCUCUGUCCCUGUAAGACCAGCUUUGAUGUCCACCAUUUUCUCUCUGUGUUUUGGAGUUGCUGUCUCUCACUUCAUAUCUUGCCUUCAGCGUAAUGAAAGGAUUAACAGCCUUUGCAGUAAAUGUGCAAAUGACACCAAGCUUCCACUCGUCCAACUCUGGCAAGUCACAAAUUGAACCACAAACUGAGGCCUUGGGUCAAUGAAGUGUUAACAAAUUGCACUGUCUCUGACCAAGCUUCGAAAUUCCUUUGAAACAGGCAGUGAUUGAAAUCUGUUCCUUGUCCAGUAAAUCUUAAAGUAAGCCUUCCCCUCCCACUGUGGGUAGUAUGAACAUUGAGUAGUAUGAACAAACUCACUGCCUCAUUAAACAGAAUCGAUCCAGCCUUACCGAGCUUGAAAAGGUUCUGGUGUGGUAAUCAGAAACAUACAAUUCCGGCUCCUGUUACAGAGACUCAGCCUUUUGUCCUUUUUAUCAUUCUCGAAUUAGUGUGUGCACUCGAAUGUCUCGGCACAUUGGAGAUGUAUUCGCCAAACAGGCUGAUGGACAGGACUGGGUUACCAGUUGUCAUGCUUAAUUUGGCACCUUUUUUGCAAAGCAUUUCUGUUUUGAAAUGGUAUACUUCAAACUUCCACUUUGGCGUUACCUCACACCUGCCCCCCUGUUAUUAUUGGCAUCGUUUCCAGAUAUUUGCCUAUGAACCUAUUCGGAGAUAUGCUUGUACAGCUCUCGAGUAGGUGGGACUUGAAUGCAGACCUCCCGGCCCAGAGGUAGGGUCACCAACACUACACCACAGGAGGUCAAGCACCUUUCGGCUUAGGGAGUCAGAUGCUCUAUUCUUGUGCCGCAAGACCAGAAGAACCUCAUUUCUAUCUGGAGACUAGGCCUUGCCAAGCCUGGAUGCUAUUGGGCGGGCCACAAACUUGCUUCGGCAGCUGACAGUCUCUGCAAUUGGCUGCACUGCUUGGUGUUGGGCAGGUGGGUAGAGAAAUUCUGAGGGCCUUCCUACCCCUGGGCAUUGUACAAAGGUGCCACAUCUGAUGCCCCUGUCCUCAGAGUGUCAUAUGACGUCAUGUUUGUUGAAAGCAAAAAAUCUAGUUGGAGUUACAUUUGGCUGGUUCUGUUGAUUGGGGCCUGUGUUAUGAGUAUAGACACUGAAUUCACGUCUACUGAAAUUUAAAGGUAAGGUCCUGCCUUGAGCAGCGACAAUUACUGUUAGUAACCCAGAGUGACUUCUUUAGUGUAUGGUACUGUACAGUGUUAAAUUAGAUUGGUGCAUCAGUUACAAGAUGUGCAUUAUCGAUCAGAGAUUGAAGUCGCUUCAGUCUGCAGUGGUUCUCAAUUUACAGACGAGGACCCAUUGAUAUGACUGCAUCAAACUGAGCAGGAACACUACUUCUCACUGACAUGUAAAUCUGCAAAAUGAAGGUCUUUGUGCAUUUGUACAGUACUGUAUAAACAUGGUGGGGGUUCGGGGGAAGGACUUGUGAAUGCUGAACGGAUGUUUCCCCUUGUAUGAGAGUCUAGAACAAGGGGACAUAGUUUGAAAUAAGGUGUCUCCCAUUUAGGACAGAGCAGUGAAGCUUUAUUUUUCUCAGAGGGUUACCAUUCUGUGGAAUUUCUUGCCCCAGGGGAGUAUUGGAGGUUGCGGGGUGGGGGGGAUUGGAUAUUUAGAAGGCAGAGGUAGGUUCGGGGCUGACGAGGUCUUGGCAGGUAAGUGGCAAUGAGACCACGGUCAGUUCAGCCAUGAUCUUCUCGAACGGCACAGCAACUCAAGGGGCUGAAUGGCAUCCUCAUAUGUGAGUAUUUGGCUCUGUCCAGGCAAUCCACGCCUGUGCCAACCUAAUGUUGCCAGCUGUCAGGCUUUGCAGCGGACAGUCCUGCCGGGUCGGCAUUGCCCAAACAGAAAAUAGGAUGCCAGACGAUCUGGUCGCCUCUGAACCAACCUUUCUUUGCCUCAUUGACUUCUGGCAGCUGUCAAAAUAGUAGCUAUUAAUACUUUCGAUAAAACCCAGCCCCCAGGCUGAAAGCACUCGUUUUGAAUGGAAGGUUUUCAAAAGGGGGAGCCUGUUGGAGUACUCUCUCUGGUUGUUCCUUUCGUCCUGCACGCCAGGAGGCACCUGCUAAGCUCUCCAGCUGAAGCCUGGCUGUUGGUAAUCCCCAACUCCCCCCCAUCAGCCCUCCCAAUCUCUUUAUCUUAGCCCCUGAGGUUACACUCCAGAGUCGCUCCAGAACAGAGGGGUUAGGGGAAGUGGGCGGGUGCGGGGGUGUAUUUCUGGAUGCUGUAUAACAGGUCUUCCAAGUCCUGGGGAGAGUUUGCACAUUUACAAAAGUAUACUCCUUUAGCAGAGGAUGUGGGCCAUUAUUUCAUUAACACGAAUGGCUCUGAAUUGAUUGAAGGAGAAUGCAGCGCUGGGUCAGGUUCAGGCCCUGACAGUGCUAAGUGAAAGUGAACUAAACUGCCCUCUCAGCACAGAUUCAAACAAACAGUCAAAAUUCCUCGUUUCCAAUCUCACCUUCAAGACUCCUACUGCUUUUCAUUCGAACCCUCAAGAGCAUCCGCCAGCAUUUACCACCCCAUAUCUCCUUUGCCCUCUACUCUAAGUUUUGGUUCUUUCACAGAUAAUGCACACUUUUCAGCUAAUAAUUUGCAGUGCCUGAAAUCAGCUCAGAGGAACAGCUACCCACCCCCCACAAACACAUCCUAUCAAAACUCUUUGGGAGGUUUUCAUGCAUGGCUUGUAUGCCAGAAGAACCAUUCGUUGGGAGUAAAGAAGGAAGCAUCUGCUAAUCAAUAGAAGGCAGUAUCCGCCAAGUGGCUUCAUUGGAGUAGAUUGGCUGCUUUCAGGCUGUGACGGGUGGUGGGGGUGUGGGUGGGUGGAGUGGAUGGCCCCUUUAUAAUGGAGCUGGUGACUGUCUGAGUCUCAAAUAACCCCUUUGACUGUAAAAGCUGACCGCUUUUAUUUGCUGAUUGCAAGAGUUAGCGAUGCAUUGACUUCUAUUUUCUCAAAGUUGGAGCACGCUGAGUUUCACAUCAACGCUGUUUUGUUCUGCCUGCCUCAGAAUUCCAGAAAUCUUGACAAAGAUUUUGUUUCUUUUUAUCACUGAGGUCAAAUAUCCUGCUCCAGUUUCUCUCAGUUUGCUUCCUCACCACUGUUCCUCCCUCUGCUGUAAUCUCCUGAUAUGUUACUCAACAAAUCGUGAGUAUUUGUGUUGUUAGCAACAGCUUUUUCAUUUGGGAGCAAUUUUGUCAGACAGAGUUAUCUCAUUGGCUAGUUGCUCAUGGUGUGGCUGUCCUUGUCCUAAUCGUGAGCAACAUUUGAUUGGCGGAUUUGUUCAAAUCCACACUCCCUUUUUGAGUGUAGGGUCAUAUCAGCAGGACAGAAAAACAUGGCAGGAGGAAUUGGCUAUUCAACACUUUCAGUCUGCUCCCCCAUUCAAUCAGAUCAUAACUGAUCAUCCAACUCAGUCCCUGCUCCUGCUUUCUCCCCCUGUCCUUUGAUCCCUUCCGAAGUGAUCUUCUGUCCAACAUGUUGAAGAUUCUUACACUCAAAUGAUUCAUCCAGGGAGCUCUGCACUCACUCAUCACACCACACUGAGGAUGGAAGUUAUAUAGAAUCAGCUACAGUGUGGAAACAGGCCCUUCGACCCGACAAGUCCAUACCGACCCUCAGAGCAUCCCAUCCAGACCCCCACCCCCCUCUAUAACCCACCUAAUCUCCACAAUCCCAGGAAAUGGGUGAGUCUCAGAGUCCACAAGCCCAUGGCAGAUCUGCUUUGUGGGAAUCGUGAGGGUCUGCAGGAUUUGCACCUGUGAUGUCCUGAAAAAGUGUAUUAGCGUGGUUAUGGAUCCAUUAUCGCAGCUACCCCCUCAAUCCUGGGCAGCUGGAGACGCCUAUAGGGAACAGGAUGCCAGUUUAGACCAAGCGGCUGGUGAAGGGUGGAUUUGUGCAGGAUACCAGUGAGGCUGGACAGGGGAGGGUGGGGUAAAUCCUGAAAUAGUGCUCAGCUGGAAUUGUUAAAGUCUGCAGGUUGUAAGAACCUAGCACCUAGAAAAGUACAGCACAGUACAGGCCCUUCGGCCCACGAUGUUGUGCCGUGGAAUAAUUCUAAUCCAAAAGUAAAAUAACCUAACCUACAUUCCCCUCAAUUCACUGCUGUCCAUGUGCAUGUCCAGCAGUUGCUUAAAUGUCACUAAUGACUCUGCUUCCAUGACUACCACUGGUAAACUAUUCCAUGCGCUCACAACUCUCUGGGUGAAGAACCUCCCUCUGACGUCUCCUCUAUACCUUCCUCCUAACACCUUAAAACUAUGACCCUCAUGGCAGUCAAUCCUGCCCUGGGGAAAGGUCUCUGGCUAUCGACUCUAUCCAUGCCUCUCAUUACCUUGUAUACCUCGAUCAGGUCACCUCUCUUCCUCCUUCUCUCCAGAGAGAAAAGUCCGAGCUCAGUCAACCUCUCCUCGUAAGACAAGCCCUCCAGUCCUGGCAGCAUCCUGGUAAACCUCCUUUGCACCCUCUCCAAAGCCUCCACAUCUUUCCUAUAAUAGGGCGACCAGAACUGGAUGCAAUAUUCCAAGUGUGGCCUCACCAGGGUUUUGUAGAGCUGCAGCUGUAAGAAGGAGAGUUAAUUGAGAGAUGGUGGAAUUCUGUAGCGUGGACAUCUCAGGUAAGACUGAUUUAGAGUUGAGGAUGGUGAGAUCAAUUUUGAUCUCUGAGUAAGGAGAAAGAUAUCCUCCGAAGGGUAUCAAACUGUGUAAGCUAUGGCCUACGGGGAGAGACAGUGUUUCAUACACAAAUGGGUUUGCAAUGAGAAUGAUUUCAAAUUGUUCCCCUGUGCCUUAUUGAGAGGUGUAGACUGCCCUGGAAUGAACAACCCUAGCUGUAAAUUGUCCUACCCAUUUAUAAAGCUAUCAAAGAUGCCUGUGAUAACCUUUUAUGGAAUGGAUUUGAUGCUGAACCCAGUGGGACAGUACUUGUGUCUGCUGUGACCAACCUGUGUCAAUAUACAGAAGUCUUUGCAGGGCACAUUGGCAAUGUAAAGUGUUAAAAAAAAACUGUCAUAAAAUUAGAACUUCUGUCCUGCGUCUCUGUUGUUUCACAUCCUGACAGUCUGUCACAAUCGGUGAACAGCAAAUAUCUGUUAACCGUUUUGCCCUGGGGUUUUGUGCCUUACUUUGCUCGCUGUCGAUCCUUUACAUUUUUUGUACACUUUUUGUCACACUUUAUUGUGCCUAGUGAUUGACCAGUUUCUGCCAUUUAAUCUGAUUUCUUCCUCCAGCCCUUGCACAACAUGUCACUUGAGUUUAGAGGGGCAGAAGAGCAGAUCCAGCAGGUACAGCGAUCCAUCAUUGCCACUCCUCAGUCUAAGACUUGAUCCCACCAGAUAACUGAAUAGUUUAAUGGUCUGGCCUUGUCAACGUGGCCCAUGGUAUGUUAUGGUGAGCUCUUCAGAUUGAUGAUCACUCUGUGAGAGGAGUUUAACAUCUAGCACACUUGGCAAUUAAUUCACAAGACAAAAUAGAUGAAGAGUUACAGUUGGGGGGGAAGGGGAUGAAAGGAAUUCCAGUACAUUUUUAUUAAGGCAUCCAUGAUCCUUCAAAUGUUAAUGAUUACUGAUCAAACUGGCAGCCAGAAUGCCUCCCCUUAUCUCACCUCCCUCAGUAGCAACCUGAGCUAUCAAUAUUAACCAAGGCAGCAGGGAGAUCAAUGAUUCUGGAGUUGCACUGGUCAGUCACUAGUCACGACCAUUCACGUGAACAUUUUGACAUCGCAUGACCAUGCAGCCACAUCCCCACGUACAAUGGUUGUGUGAUAGUACAGUUCAGCUGAGAUAAUCAGUGUUCCUUUUUAAGACAAAAAAAAGUGGUUGUAUAUAAAUCUAUAUUUGAGUGUGGUUGCUUUGUAUGUUUUGUUAACAAGUCUUUUCUUCAUUGAAUGUUUGUCAAACCGUUUACUUAUUUA